GGGUGUCUCAGGGCUGAACGCCACAGCUUGUGGGACCUCCACAGAGUACAGAAGGAGGCUGUCGACCAGCACUGACCAAAACGGUUAUAAUCCAAGUGCCUGACAAAAUGGACAGGUGACAACGACCAGCUACUGUUGUGGACCAUCUCUAAAACGACUUGUUAUCAAGGUGGAGAAGGAUUUACCCUGAACACAGGAAAACACAGGAGGGACUGCAGAGCAGAGGAGUGGGCCCUUGCCUUCAGCGGAAGGAUCAGAGGCUUGGCACGGAAUGCAUGUCAACAAUCAGACAUAAGGACCGAAGAGAGACACCUAAUUGACAUAAAAUCUCCUGUGAGCUAGAGAGAGAGAGACUGAAUGCCUAUAGCCUGGAAGUCCCAGGUGAGGCUGGCAAGUGAACAGAGAUGGACGUCUUUGGUGGAGCACCGCGGUUCCUGGCCUACCCUCGCCCUGUGGUGGUGCAGAGUGGCACAGAUGCUAUGUUGAAAUGCCAGAUUGGUGGCGAUCCCAGACCAGCAGUCAUAUGGGAGAGAAACAAUGAAAAAAUCCAUCCUGGGGGCAGGUAUCGCGUGUUUGAGGAUGGUAACAUUUAUAAUCUUAUCAUCACUGUAGUAAGUGCAGAGGACAGUGGCCAGUACAUAUGCAAGGCCAAGAACUGCAUAGGGGAGACAUAUGCUGCAGCAACACUGAAAGUAGAAGGUGAGGCUCAGGAGAUGGAACUGAGGGAGGAGAACAAGCCCCGCUUCCUCAUCAAACCCCUCUCUACACGAGUAGGCAGAGGAGAAGAUGCAGCCUUCUCCUGUAAGCUAUGGGGAAACCCUAGGCCAGAGGUGGUUUGGGAGAAGGAUGGCAAAAAGCUGAAUGAGAUCUUUGAGAGCACUCAUUUCAGUGUUGGCUAUCAGGAUGGCGGAUGGUUCCAGCUAAAAAUUUUCAAGACUCGGGCACCUGAUGGAGGCGUGUACACGUGCAAGGCUAGAAAUGAGUACGGUGAGAGUCUGGCAGGAGCUGUACUACUUGUAGAUGCAGGCCCAGGACAUGAAGAUGAGGGGAACCGCAAUGGUUAUACUAAUGGCCACUGGAAGGCACAUCAGGGAAAGCAGAGAAGCAGUAGGCAGGUUGUGACAAGGCUAAAAGAUGAUCAUCUGCCAAACUCAACCAAAGUGAAAAUGUUCGCAGUGACGGAAGGAAAACAUGCAAAAUUCCGCUGCUAUGUAACAGGCAAGCCCAAACCAGAAAUUAUAUGGAGGAAAGAUGGGAGACUAAUUUUGUCUGGAAGACGCUAUCUUCUAUAUGAAGAUAGAGAGGGAUACUUCACACUUAAAGUACUCUACUGUAAGCAGCAGGACAAUGGAGUCUAUGUCUGCUCUGCAUCCAACACUGCAGGACAAACCCUGAGUGCAGUACACCUUUCUGUUAAAGCGCCACCUGUAAGAUUCAAGCAACCACUCAAUGACCUUCAAGUCUGGGAGCGGGACCUGGCCAUUCUUGAGUGUGAAGUACCUGAAGAUUCCGUCCCUAUCACAUGGUAUUUAGAAGACAGGCGGCUGCAGCCAGGGGCCAAAUAUGGGAUGGAGGAGUGGGGGACAAAGCGCCGACUUACAAUUCGUGACAUUGGAGUUGAUGAUGAUGGGAUCUAUCUUUGUGAAAUGGCUGAUGGAGGAAGAAGCAUUGCUGAGGUAACUGUUAAAGGCACCAUAGUAAGAAAACUACCAAGAAAAGUGGAUGUUCUGGAAGGGGAAAAUGCAGCAUUCUGUGUAGAAGUGGAAGAAGAGGAAAUGGACAUUCAUUGGUAUAAAGAUGGAAUAGAGUUGAGAGAGACACACCAGACAAUCCUCAAGUCCUUUGGCAGAACUCACAUCUUGGUUUUUGUCAAUACCACACACCAAGAUUCUGGCAUGGUAACCUUUUAUGCAAGUAGAUCAAGAACAUCAUCUCAGCUAAGAGUGAAAGGUGCUAGGCACUGUCCACCUAGCUGCCCUAUUGGGGUGCAGAUAAACACAGAGCGUGCAAAUGCAGCACUUCUAUCUUGGUCUCCAGCUCAGGAUUUUCGCAGGAAUCCACCCUCAGGCUACAUCCUGGAGAGACAAGAAAUGUGCUCUCAGGAGUGGCUGCAGUGCCUAACCACAGACUCUGCCACCUCAGUGGAGAUUCUUGGUGACAGUGUUCCAUGUGAGGCUGACUACAGAUUCCGCAUCUGCAGUGUGAACAAAUAUGGAAGAAGUGGAUAUGUGGAGUUCCCACGAGCAGUUCACCUUGUUCCAGUGGCCAAAAUACAAUCACCUCUACAGGAUGCAUUGGUGCCAGAAGGCCAGGAUGCCUGUUUUUCCAUUGAGCUGUCUGCCUCAGUCAUAGGCACUUGGUUUCUGAAUGGUAACCAGCUUCAGGAAGAUGAACGUUUUUCCAUGAGGCGGUCUCGAACACACCAAUCCCUUCGCAUUCGUGGAGUACGAGACACUGACAAUGGUGCUGAAAUCACCUUCAUUGCUUAUGGAAUUCGUGAUUCUGCGGCUCUGUAUAUACAAGCUCCACUUGUUAAAUUUACUCCACUUUCUGAAAUGGACCGAAAUAAGUUUGUGGAAGUUGGCAAUCCAAUAGUGCUCUAUUGUGAGCUGUCAAAUCCGGAAGCCCAAGUCCGUUGGUAUAAGAAUGGAGUUGAACUGCACUCAGUUGAAGGUCUUCACAUACAGUCAGAAGGGACAAUGAGGAGAAUUGUCAUUCAGUCAGCUGAGUUCUCCCAUUCAGGAAUUUACAGCUGUGAUGCCAUUGAUGAUGUCAUCAGGUUUAAUGUGGAAGUUGAAGCUCCCCCUGUGAGGUUCACAGAGUUUCCAGAGACUGAGAGAAACAAGUCCAUCGAAGUCGGCUGCCCAAUUGUACUUCAGUGUGAGAUCUCAGAUGAGAGUGCCCAGGUCUUCUGGUACAAAAAUGGAGCAAAGCUUCUGGCACAGAGUGGACUAGACAUUCAGUCUGAUGGCACUAAGAGGGUGCUGGUAGUUGAAAAGGCUGAGUGUUUCCAUUCAGGUGUGUACUGCUGCAAGACAAAGGGUAGUGCUAUCCAAUUCACCGUGGAAGUCAAAGCUCCAGCAGCGAGGUUCUCAGCUGUCCCAGAAGCUGAGAGGAGAAAGUGCAUCGAAGCAGGCUGCACCGUUGUUCUUCAGUGUGAGAUCUCAGACUCAACUGUGCAGGUCCACUGGUUCAAGGAUGGGAAUAAAAUUCUUGCAGAGUCUGGAGUAGACUUCAUAUCAGAGGGCCACAUAAGGAAAUUAAUCAUUCAAAGAGCAGCCCUGUCUCACUCUGGUGUGUACAGGUGCACAACAAAGCAUGACACCAUCGAGUUUCAUGUGGAGAUCAGAGCUGUACCAGUGCAGUUCUCAGCUGUCCCUGAAUGUGAGAAGAAUAAAUGCAUUGAAGCUGGCGACCGUUUUGAGCUCUGCUGUGAGAUAUCAGACCCUACAGCCCAUGUCUACUGGUUCAAAAAUGAAAUGCAGCUCCUCCCAGAGACUGGCUGGGACAUUCGGGCUGAGGGCACACUCAGGAUGUUGGUUGUUCAGUCAGCAGAUGCCAGUCACUUUGGACAGUACAGCUGCAAAAUACCUGAUGACUCUGUCCAGUUCACUGUGGAUAUCAAAGCUCCACCAGUGACAUUCUCAGACUUCCCAGAGGUUGUGAAGAACCAGCUGUUGGAAGUGGGCUACCCCACUGAUCUACACUGUGAGAUCUCAGACCCACCAGCCAAGGUGUGCUGGUAUGAGGAUGGAGUAGAGCUCAUCUCAAAAAGUCAACCUCAUAUCAAAAAGGAGGAUACGAGGAGGAAGCUAGCUGUCAAGACAGCACAGCCCUCUGAGUCUGGAAUGCACGACCAUGUGAGAAAAGAUGUCAUCCAGUUUAAUGUACAAGAUGAAGUUCCACCUUUGAACAUGCUGGAUGUUCCUGAAAUUGAGAAGACAAUGAAUAAUGAAGAAAACAUUCCUAUUUCAUUACAAUAUAAAAUCUUGGAUUCCACUGAAUAUGACUACCAGUUAAAAGAAGAGGUGCUACCUCUAGCUGGAACUGAAAAGGAACAGGUGGUGCUUCAAGCUGAAAAUCAAAUUAAAACAGAAGGACCCAUAAGUCCUUUAAUUUUCAAAUCAGCUAAGACAUCUCAAAAUAAUAUAAACAGACCUUGGACACCAGAUCAUCCCGUCCAGUUUAAUAUGGACAAAGCCGAGCUGCCUCACUCUGAGGUGUACAGGGGUGAGAUCUAUGAUGACUCUUUCCAGUUCACUAUGGAUAUGAAAGCUAAGUCCUUGUGGUUCACAGCCAUCCCAGAGGUUCCAGUGAGUGAGAUCAUUAAAGAAAGAUGCCCAAAAGAAGUUCAGCAUAUGGUAACACAUUCCUCUGCCCUGAUAUAUGGCUACAUGGAAGAAGACCUACCAGAAUCUCAACCUCUCAAGCCAAAAGAAGUGUGCAUUUUCCAAGAAGACAGCGGUCACCACAAAGUACCAAAAAUGUGUAUGGAUGAUGAAGUUCUAGCAUUUAAGGUGGAUAGUGAAGCACCAAAGAUGACUUUCUCAACACCUCAGGAAGUACCGGAUGAGAAUCCCAGUGAUGCAGGCUGUUUCAAAGUACCGAGUGAGAUCUCUGAAGAGAAGCCCCAACUCUGUGGGUAUGGAGAAGCACCAAUAGUCAACCAACAGGAUGGAAGCAACAGAGAGUAUAUCACCUCAAAGGAACAAUGUUCUCAGUCAUCAAAGGUGCAAAAAGAUGUGUGCAGAACAGAGACAGUGGAUCAGUCUGUGAUGUAUCAAGAUGAAGUAAAAGAUAACUCAUUUUGUUGCACAACUUUGUCUCUCCAAAACAAAGCACCUGCACUUAAUCAAGUCCUUGCACCACUAUCUGAGACUGCCAGGAACAAGAGCAUUGAAAAUGGCAUGCCUCUAGUACUACAGUGUGAGAUAGCAGACCCAGAAGCUCCAGUUUGUUGGUACAAGGAUGGAAUACAACUUGAAUCUAAAAAUGGAUUAGUAAUCCAGUCAGAGGACUGCAUACGGAGGCUGGUUGUCCCAACUGCAGAGUUCUGUCAUUCAGGGGUGUACCACUGCAAGACUAUGGACAAUGUCAUAAAUUUUAAGGUGUAUGUCAAAGAUGCACAAACUGAAAGUUCAACAAUCCCUGAGAUUAAGAAGGAUGUAAUGACAUCAAAUGAAGCAAAUGUUCAAAAUGUUCCACGGAGCAAGCUAUUCAGUCCUACAGCUCCAAUCAGCUGGCACAGAGAAGGAGAUGAAUUUGUUCAAAAAAAUCUAACUAUCAGCGACUCAGAGAAAACUUUGGAAGCUCCUGACCUUGUCCAAUCAGCUGAGCUAUCUGACCCUGGAAUAUACAGUUGUGACACAAAGGAUACCAGUUGUGACACAAAGGAUACCAGUUGUGACACAAAGGAUACCAGGUGUGACACAAAGGACAACAGCGUCCAGUUUGCUGUGGAUCCACCAGCACUACCAGUGAAGUUCUCCGAAGUCAGUGAAGCUCAGAAGAACAAAUGCACUGUAAUCGGUGAACCCUUCGAACUGGAGUGUGAGGUCUCAGAUGCUGCCACACUCGUUUGCUGGUACAAAGAUGGGAAGAAACUGCAGUCUCAUGCUCAAGCUUUGCUUCUGUCUGAGGGUACAAUACGAAAACUCUCUGUACAGUCUGCUGAACUCUCAGACAGUGGAACAUACUGCUGCAAGACCGACAACAAUGCCAUCUUAUUUAACAUGGAAGUCAAAGCACCACCACUGAGGUUCAAACAACUUUCAGAGGUGGAGAAGAACCAGUCCGUUGAAGUAGGCUCACCAAUUGUUCUGAAAUGUGAGAUUUCAGACCCUGCAGCCCAGGUCUGCUGGUAUAAAAAUGGCACAGAACUAUCUCCAAAAAAGGAACUUAAUAUCCAAUCUGAUGGAAAUUUGAGGAAAUUAAUUCUUCCAUCAGCAAAACUGUCUGACACUGGACACUACAUGUGUGGCAAUCAGGAUGAUGCCAUAUCAUUUAAAGUGGAUGUUCAAGCUCUGCCUCUGAGGUUCUCAGCACUUCCAGAAGUUGCAAGGAACAAGUUCAUUGAAACAGGCUGCCCCAUUAUACUUCAGUGUGAAAUCUCUGACCCAGCUGCCCAAGUUUUCUGGCUCAAAGAUGGAGUGCCACUUUUUCAGGAGACUGGACUUGAUAUACAAUCAGAGGGCACCAUGAGGACAAUGAUCAUUCAGUCAGCUGAGCUCAAACACUCAGGAGUGUACAGCUGUCAAGCUAGGGAUGAUCAGAUAGCAUUCAAGGUGGAUGUUGCAGCUCCACCAGUGAUGUUCACAGCUGUCCAUGAGACUGAGAAGAACAAGUCACUUGAAGCAGGCUCGAGUCUCAUUCUCCAAUGUGAGAUAUCUGAACCUACAGCGCUGGUCCAGUGGUACAAGGAUGGAACCCAGCUCUUCCCUCAAUGUGGAGUUUUCAUCCUAUCAGAGCACACCAUGAGGACACUGGUUAUCCAGUCAACUGAGUUUUCCCACUCUGGGUUUUACAGUUGUAAUACAGCUGAUGAUAUCAGCGAAUUUUAUGUGGACAUUAAAGCACCUCCUGUGACAUUUAUCUAUAUGCCAGAGGAAGAGCUUCACAGAAACAUUGUGGAAGACGACAAUCUCUUCCUUUGUUGUGAGGUGUCCAGGUCUGAUGCCACUGCGCAGUGGUACAAGGAUGGAGCUGAGAUACAGCCCACUGAUAAUGUCACAAUAGAGACAGAAAACACUGUACGAAAACUGAUCAUCCAAUCUGUUCAGCUAUCAGAUGCUGGGAUAUACACUUGCCGUGCAGGAGACAGCGCCUUAAUAUUCAAGGUUAAUGUACGAGAGCCACCAUUAACGAUUGUUUAUCCCAAGGAAGACGUUCACCUUGAUCGUCAUGUUCCUGAAGAAAUUGUCCUCAGUUGUGAACUUUCCCGCUCAAAUGGAAAAGUGUCUUGGUUCAAGGAUGGACAGAAACUUAAAGAAAGUAAAAAUAUAAAGCUUAAGACAGAAGGACCUUACAGGAGACUGAAAAUUCUUCACAGCAGAGUUGAGGACUCUGGAGAAUAUGUCUGUGACACAGCUGAUGACUCAAAAUUCUUCCAUCUGAGCAUAAAAGAACCCCCAGUGUGCAUAAUUUCCCCAAGCCAAUCCCAAAUGGAACUUUGCCAGCAAACAUCGGAGAGAAUGGUGCUGAGUUGUGAAAUUUCCAGACCUAAUGCUUCUGUGUGCUGGUAUCGUGAUGGGCUUGAGGUGGAAGAGAAUGAUAAUUUAAUCCUGGAAGUUGAUGGCGUUUACAGAAGACUCAUUAUACCAGAGACAACAGUCAAUGAUUCUGCAGAAUAUGUGUGUGAUACAACUGAUGACUCUGUGACAUUCUUCGUAAAUAUUGCAGAACCACCAGUGCGAUUUAUUCGAUCAAGGAAGAUGGCUUAUGAAAUUGAAAAAUUUGUUGGAGACUCAGUGGUCCUUGACUGUGAGGUCUCAAGAUCAAAUGCUGAAGUCAGCUGGAAGAAAAAUGGCGAGGAGAUGGAUGAGAACAGUAACAUAACCAUAUUUGAGGAAGGCAUUACUCGACAAUUAACAAUUCAUUCAGCAACAUUUGAGAAUACAGGCCAAUACACUUGUGAUGCUAAGGAUGAUGUAAUGGAUUUCUACUUGAAAAUACUAGAUCCACCACUUAGAUUUCUGCAGAAAAAUGAUAUAAUAACAGACAAACAUUUUGUAGUGUCAGAUGCUAUUGUGCUAAAAUGUGAACUCUCCAGAGCAAAUGGGGUGAUUCACUGGUACAAAGAUAAUGAGAGAAUAGUGGGUAACGAUCAUAUCACAUGUGAAGAAGAAGGGGUAUUCCGAACUCUGAUUGUUCUGAAUGCUGAGAUCAAGGACUCAGGACAAUACAUAUGUGAUGCAAAGGAUGACAAGAUUGUGUUUAAUAUCAAAGUGCAAGAGGCACCAGUGUCAAUCCUAGGGAACUCUGGGAACCCAGAACACCAUAUAUUGGUUGCUGGGGAUGAGCUGAUCCUUGAGUGUGAGGUGUCUCAAGAGAAUGCCUCUGUUCAGUGGCUAUGUAAUGGGCAAGUGUUACAUGCAGACUCACGGCUCAAUAUUGAAAGCACUGGCACAACUAGAAAAUUAGUGCUUUCAAAUCUUCAGGUCUCUGACACAGGAGAAUAUGUCUGUGAUGCCAUGGAUGACAAAAUGACAACAAUGGUGACAGUUCAAGAGCCACCAUUCAAAUUCAUCAAAAAGGAAGAAAGGACAAACAUUGCAGCCUAUGAAGAAGACAGCGUCACGUUAUGUGCUACAGUUAACAGGGAUAAUGCCCCUGUGCAAUGGCGCAAAGAUGGCAAUAAAAUUAGAGGUGACCGUUUUUAUGCCACAAGCGAUAAACAUACUCAUUACCUCACCAUCAACCCACUUAAGAGAUCUGAUGCUGGAGAAUAUAUCUGUGAUGUGGACACAGAUGAAAUCCUAUUCAGUGUCCAUGUCAAAGCUAUGAGAGUAAAAUUCUCCAAGCCACUGGAAAACAUAGUGGGGAUCAAGGGCAAUGAUGCUAUAUUGAAAUGCGAACUCUACAAGUCUAAAGGAGAUGUCCAGUGGCUAAAGAACAACCUCGAUAUCACUCCAAACCGACACUUCACAAUAAGGGCAGAUGGGCGAGAGAGAAGUCUCACAAUACACAAUUUAACAGAUGAUGACACAGGAGAAUAUGCCUGUGAAUCUAAAGAUGAGAGAACAUCCGCAACUCUAGUAGUUGAAAACCCUCGCACUGUGGAAUUCAUUGCGGAGUUACACAACAUGACAGUUAUGGAAGGGGAAGAUGCUACAUUCAAGUGUGUAGUGUCCCCUGAAGAUGCAAAGCUGGUAUGGCAUAUAAACGGCCUUCCUAUUACAUCAAAUGAGAGAUUUAACAUUUUAAGUAAUGGACUGUGCCACAUGCUGCACAUCACGAACUGCCAAGUGUCAGACAGCUGCAAGCUGACAGCUGAUGCUGAAGGCAUGAUAUCCAAAGCUAUCCUUCAGGUUCAAGAGACACAGGUGCUGUUUACAAAGAGCAUGGAAUCUGUGGCAGCAGAGGAGUUUGGGGAGGCGACCUUUGAGGCAGAGGUGAGCCUGGAGUCUGGGGAGGUACAGUGGAUGAAACAAGGUGUCGUCAUACAUCCCGGACCCAAGUUUGCACUCAAAGAGAAUGGCCGAAAGCGCUCACUCACCAUCCGCAAGCUCACACUCUCUGACCAGGGAACCUACACCUGUGAAACGCUCCAUGACCGCACGCAAGCCAAGCUCACCGUGGAACCACGAAAAAUAAAAAUACGCAAAGGACUAUCCGAGAUCCAAACUUUUGAGCAUGAGACUGCAUCUUUUGAAGUUGAACUGUCGCACAGCAAUGUAGAAGGGGUAUGGCAUAAGGAUGGGAGCCGCCUCAAAAACAACAACCACUGGCGUAUGACUGCCAAGGGACGUGUGCACAGCCUUACCAUAUGGAACCUCACUCUAGAGGACACUGGUACCUACAUGUUCUCUGCUGACAAUGCAAGGUCCUCUGCAAGACUCAGUGUUAAAGAAACACCAGUAUCCAUCCUGAAAAGGCUAGAAAACAGCAGUUUCCCAGAGGGCACUGGAGUGGCCCUCGAAUGUGAACUGUCCCGACAUGUGGAUGUAAAGUGGACAAAGAAUGGGCUAGAGCUUAAGCCAGGGAAGAACUAUCGCAUAUACUCCAUGGGAAGAAAACGCUUCCUACAGAUUGUGAAAUGUGAGCUUGGAGAUUCAGGUGUAUAUGUGUGUGAUGCCGGAGACGCCAUUACCUCCUGCUCUGUGGAAAUCUACGAGAGAGAGCUGGAAGUGUUGCAGAGCCUGGAAGAUCUGGAGAUUCAAGAGGACCAGAAUGCUGUUUUUAUGUGUGAAGUGUCUCUGGAUAAUACAGCUGGAGAGUGGUUCAAGAAUGGAGAGAAAAUCAAGCCCACCAGCACCAUCAAGAUCCGUCAAGAAGGAACCAAGCACUUCCUCCUAAUGUGCAAUGUUAAGGGAGACGAUUCAGGAGAGAUCAAGUUUGUUACAAAGAAUAUCGAGACAGUUGCUUACCUGGAGGUAAAGAAACUUCCUGUGAACAUAGUGAAGCCUUUACAAGACAAAACAGCUUUGGAGAAGACCCGUGUGAUACUGGACUGCACGGUGUCCAAUCCGCGUUGCAGCAUCCGCUGGUACAAAGGCAGCACCGUUAUCCUGCCAUCAGAGCGCUUUGAGAUCUGUAGCGAAGGUUGUUACCGCAAGCUAGUUAUUCAACAGGUGGCACUUGAGGACGAAGGUACUUAUAGCGUCCAAGUGGGAGACUACACAUCUUCAGCACGGCUCACUGUUGAAGCACAGUCAAUUCUGAUGGUGCAGGAUCUGCAGGACGUGGAGGUGACGGCUCCAGAAGAAGCAUGCUUUGCAUGCGAGAUCUCCAUUCCUGCGCUCAAGGAGCCUAUAUGGACGCUGAAUGGAGAGGUCCUCCAGCCAGGACCCAGAGUUCUCAUGGAGAAAAUGCAGACAGUGCACAGGCUCACUCUAAGGCAGACAUACAAGGACAUGAGCGGUAUAGUGGAGUUCAUUUCAGGAAAGGCCAAAAGCACUGCAAAAUUGCAUGUCAAAAAUUAAGCAACAUGUUUUCUUAAGCAAGAGCAUGACAUUUAGACUAAGCAUCUUUUACAUUCUGUUAAUGUUUGUAUAAUUUCUACUGAUUAGAAGAAGAGCAGAUCAGAAAUUGGUCCUAACCAGCUUAGGUUGAAGUUUUUGCUAAACAAAACAUGACUAAAAAGGUCAUGUUAAAUGGAUUUGCUGGCAGAAACAGUUAGCCUUCACACCAGUCCCGUAGUUGUAACUAACAGUGAGCUUAGUGCAAAUAGUAACCAGUGCUUCUCCUGUGGGAAGGAACCAUUUUGAAUGGCUUGGAUAUUGAGCCUUAUAUUAGUAUAAACUCAAUGCACACCUUAAGUAUUGUCAAGCCCAUUAAACUUGUGUUUUGUGUCAUGUAGAAUUCAGCUGAUUAUUAGGUGAUUAAUAUCCCUCCUUUUAAUUAUUAGAUAAUCACUGAGAAACAUGGAACCAUCUUUAUGUUGUAAUCAUCUGAAACUGAUACACUGAAAUUAAGAGUUAAAAACAUUCUUUGAGAUUCUUUUUUAAUUGAUCUGUAAGAUGUUUAAAAGCAUAUUCACAAGAAAUGUAGAGUAUACAUUGUUAUUAUUUAGGCUUACAUCCAUCCAGCCAAUCUAAAGGUUUUGCACUGAGCUGAAACCUUUAGGCCUACAUAUACAAGAUGUAUUAAAACUGUAACUUCCUUGAAAAUUAAGCAUAUAAUAUUACCUAAAGAUAAGUUUUUGUAUUAGUUCUAAAAGUGUGUUGGUAAAGAGCUACUGUUGAUUUGUUAUACAUGGUGAUUUAAUAAAUAGGUUAAGAAUUUCUUGUGCAUCGUAAAUCAUAGUAGGCUAAGGUUACAGUGCCAAGAAAAUGCCACUCAUCCAUAAUAACAAAACCUAAAUUGGUUCAGACAUAAGUCUCUGUUUAAUACCUUUAUGGUAUGUACAUUGUCCUUUGUAUAGAUGUUUUUUAAUAUAAUAAAUAAAUGGUGUCUUGUGGAAUGCAGCUUAAAGGAAUAUCAGGAUGCAUGGUAUUACACAGGUGUGCAAUGCACAGGGCCAAAAGGUUACCACGGAAGUUUCAAGUUACUGAACGCUAACUUCAGACACAUGAUUGUGAGUCAGAAUUGUGUUUAAUCAAUACAUAUAUCAAACUAUCUUAGAGAAACAUGGUCAUUUAAAAAAUGAAUGGAAAUGUUUUCUGAAUUUUAAGAACUUAUCCUAAGUUUUAAAAGUCAAAUAAAAUAAGCUUUACUGGUCAACUCUCUAGUGUUUUUCAUUUUAACUGCAUUUGUCGAACUUGCUCCAUGGUCAACAAACACGAGACUGCUUUUCAUUUGUUUCAUUUAUGAUAUAACUCAUUCAAAACAGUAAAAUACAAUUAAAAUUACAAAAGUUCCAAAACUAGGUUAUAUUUGACUUUAAACUUGGCAUUCCUAUUCCCAUAUCACAAUAAAAAUCUACAUCUAUUAUUGCCAAAUUUGGUUUGCUCUAUGCACAUUACCAGACAUACAAAUAUGGAACAAAUGUGGGUUUUUUGUGUUUGUUUAAAAUGUAAAGGGGGUGAUACAGUAAAAAAGUAAAAGGCAGAGGGUAUGUGUGGUAAAUAAAUGAAAAGGCUACAUCAUGUUACCCUUUUAGUUGAACAUCUCAAAAUAAACACCUAAAACCCAAUCAACUGUCCAAGAGGCUUUGUGGCAGCCCUAUAAUUUUUUUUUUUUAAGUUUGCUACCAAAGAGUAUAAUAAAAAUGGUGCAUAUAUUUUAGCAUGUUAGUGGGAGGGCAUUUUAGUUGUCCAUGUUCUCCAGCAUUAGAAACUAUUGGCCGUUUCAGAGUUGAGAAGUUAUGUUGUGAAAGUUUGACAGUCACUGCAACAGAAUGCUGAUUGCAGGCAUAAAUACUCCUUGCUUAAUUAUAAAUCUACUUAAUUUGCAUAGUGCUUCAUAAAACAUCAUUAUAAGGCAGAGGAACCCUAAAUAUGGACCCUAGAGAUGACAGGUUGAAUACACAAAUAGAGCAUAAGCCAGAAAAUGUCAGGCAUCACUGCAACAUUACUAGACUCCAGGGGGAGCCCUUUCUCCUAAAAACCACAGACUUCAUGAGUUAAGGCAUCAUAUGCUCACUAUUAAAGCACAAAUCUAAGAUCAGCGGUGCUAUUCAUAAAGCACCACUGAGCAACAGGCUUGAUCUAAAGUGUUUUUAUGAGGCCAGUCUAGUUGGUGCAGAUCACUGCUCUCAUUCCAACUUCUUGCAUUCAGGUCAUCGGAUACCAUCUUUAUUACCCCGAUGAACAGACUUAGAAGGCUUUGGUGGUGGCUGACAAUAAAUCGCUACUUGUGCCCAGUGUCAUUUUACAUAAUUGGCUACACAUUACCCAAAUGCUGUGUGUCAUACCAAAAGACAGUGCGAGUGCUAGAAUUGUACUAGAAACUGGCCACCUCUGUGAUCUGGUAAAGCAGACAACACUUAUUACAUUUUACAGUGACCUCAGCACACAAACAGCAUCCUGUAGAAAGAUGAGCGAAAAGCAAAGAGCAGGGUAUUAAAUGAAAGGGUGCGGGGUGCAAAUGACUCCCAAAAAGAGAGCAACAAGAUCACAGGAAGAAGGAAACUGACUGUUACUCAAUAUGUUCUGUUUCAGUUCAGAUUAAAAACAGACUCACUUUUGGAUUAAUCUGUUAGAAAAGGUAAAUGCAUGAUUAAAUUAUCUACGAUUUCUAAGAACUGCAAAGAAAUGACAAAAGCACAGAAUUAUUAUUCAAAGUGAACAUCACCAUGACUGUGGUAUAAGGUGAGCCAAUUCUGCUCUAGGCUUACUGGUGGCACAAGAAGACCAGUAAGAUAUUUCUCAGAUUGACGUGGCCUCAAAUUAUGUACUAAAUCAGGCAUAAUUGUGUAACAUUUCUAGCACUGAGGACUUCACAUUCCCACAAACUACAGCUAAAACAGUAGUUUAUGAAAACCUCCAAAUUAUCAAACUACUGCAACUGUAGUCAGAGGCACUGUCUGUACUGUUUACCUUUGUCUUUGCCUUCUAUUAAAACUAGAAUUUGUGUAUUCCAAUUAGUACCAUUUUACAUUUCCAAAGUAGUUUGAUAUAUUAGAAAUUUGAGUAAUUUGAAAGGAUCUCCAACAAUUUCCAAAAUAACUGAAAUAAUAUGCAUUACUGUACAUUCAGUGCUAUCACAAUAACACAAGGAAAUAUAUUGCCAGGUUCAAGUAAAAGAUGAAAAGAGAAAACCAAUUUUGCCUGUCAAAAUGAAGUACUGCUCAAACCUUUAGGCCAAUAUUAUGAAUAACAAAUCUCUCUCUCUCGGCACAGCAUAAUGUUCAUUAUUAUAAGAUGAUUGGUUAUACCACUAUCAUUCCUGUAAAAAAGAAAUAGACAAAUGUAGAAAUAGACCAAUGUUAUAAAGAACUGAAUCAUCAUCAUCUCCUCUUUCCAUCUUCACAUCUCAUCUGAGCAACAGAAAUCACAGCAACACUGACACUUGCAAAUGUGUCCAUCUGAUCGUGCUAAGAAACAUUUGUAGGUCCACAUUCAUUGGCAAAGCUAAACACCUAACACCAAGGCACAUUAAUGGUUAUCUAUGGGAGUUCUUACUUCUGCUAAAAUAACCCCAAAAAUGGAGAAAACAUAACUGAGCACAUAGCUUCCACUGGUAACAAACAGAAUUCCAGAAUGCUCCUUUACUUAUGUGAGCAAUGUAAACUCACAAGUAACAUACUGUUAUUCAUAUAAACCUGCACAGUAUAAGAUGAGCACUUUUAAUAUUGUGUGACAAAAAAGGAUUACUAUAAUUGGGCUCUUGCAAUGGGAAAAAAAACCAAUAUAGUCAGCCAUUACCCCCUUUUCUGUAAUCAGUUAUUUUAGUCUUUGAUUUUGUACCUUUCCAUUAAAAUGACAUUAAAAUGCUGAAUAUUAUUCAUUUAGACUUGUCUUACUUCAUUCAUUUGGGCAUUUAAACAUAAAACUUGCAAUGUUUUAUAAUAUUGUUUAUAUUUUGUAGAAUGUGGAAAAACAUUAAAUGGACAUGUAUGCUUUUUCAUUGCAAGGGCUCAAUUAUUCCUUGGUCUUUCAGAAUACAAUUAAAGCAUGUGGUGUGUAAUUUUUUAAAAGAUACUUUAGCUUGGUUUUACCCAAUAGCCUGAAAACAGCAUCCUCAGUAGCUGAGGUGCCAUGACACCUUCCCUUUCAUACAGCCAUAGCUCUGUGAAAUACAAAUAUGAUUGUGUAGCCGAAGACAAGAAUUUUCCAUUUAAAAAUCUAUAACAGGAAGAGGAAAAGGGGAGAUCACUUUUAUAAGUCCUGUUUAAAUGUUGGCUACAUUUUUAAAAAGCAGACAGCAUAAUAUUUUAUGUGAUUGACAUUCUUGGUUUUGUCCCUACCUGGGUGUAUGAGGUAACCUCAUUAAGGCAAAUGAGGGUUUAAUGAUCAUACGGACAUAUUGGCAAAUCAC